CUUAUGGUUAAGGAUGGCGUAAAAGUGUGGAGUAUAUUAUUGAUAAAAUUAGAGAUACUGUAAGUUUUGUGAAUGCAUCUGAAGCAAGGUUAGUCAGAUUUUCUGAGGUUGUCCAACAGUUACAGUUACCUACUAGAAAGCUAGUAAUGGAUUGCCCAACUCGUUGGAACUCAACUUACUCAAUGUUGACAGUGGCAUUAAGGUUAAGGGAAGCCUUUUUUUCAUAUAACGAAAGAGAAGUGGCAUAUGUUGCAUGUCCAACUGAGGAGGAGUGGGAUAAAAUUGAAAAAGUUUGUGAUAUUUUGGGAUUCUUCAACGAAGCAACUGAUAUUAUUUCAGGAAUUGAUUACCCUACAGCAAAUUUAUUUCUUUCACAAAUUUGUACUAUUAAGAAGGUGUUGGAUGAGGGGGCAAUUUCUACUGAUAAUUUUAUUGUGGAGAUGACUAAGAAGAUGAAAGCUAAAUUUGAUAAAUAUUGAGGUGAAUGUAAUCUCCUCAUGGCUUUUGGUGCAGUGAUGGAUCCAAGAAUGAAGUUUAUUGUAAUUGAGUAUGCCUACCCUAAGAUAUAUCAUGGAGAUGAAAGCAUGAGGAAUGUGCAGCAUGUUAGAUGUCUUCUCUAUGAAAUGUAUGAGGAAUAUGUUAGAAGUUCUGAAGCCGAAUUUGAUGGUGAUGGUGGUAUUGCAGGAGGGAGUUCAAGGAGCACAACCAAUUUAUUGCAAAGUGUAGACCAUCAAUCUACUUCUAAAAAAUAUAGUGGUUGGCAUGAUUUCACCUCAUUUGUCUCAUCCAAAAUAAGCCCCAGGCCUAUAAAAUCAGAUUUAGACAACUACUUGGAAGAUGGCUUAGAACUUUGUAGUGAAGGGCAGAAGUUUGAUGUGAUAGCAUGGUGGAAAAACAAUCAAGCCAAAUACCGCAUACUUUCAAGAAUGGCAGUGGAUAUUUUAUCCAUCCCUGUUAGUACAGUUGCUUCAGAGUCCACUUUCAGUGCUGGAGAAAGAGUAGUUCAUACAUAUCGAUCAAAAUUAGGGGUUGACACUGUGCAAGCUCUCCUUUGUGGUUCCAACUGGGUUCGCUGCCACUAUGGCUUGAAGGGAAGGGUUAAGGAGGAAGAAGAAGAUGAAGAGGUGGAGAUUUUCUUACCGAUUAUAUGAAAAAAUCUAAGUUUUUCUUCACAUGGAUGGCCCACUAGUCAAAAAAGUACCGAAACAAAAUAGUUU